CCCAUCGCCUUAACACCGCUCACUUCUCUUCCUCCACCUUCAUCCUUCGACCUAAAACGUCGCCCACCUCUUCUCCUCAGCGGUUUCCCCAGUGGAGAAGGCGUCGUCGUCUUUCCCUUGUACGAUUUUGAGGGACGGAUCUGGUCACCACUGGGGAGGGGGCGAGGAUCCAUGGCGUUCUCAGCGGAGGCGGCGACCAUGCCCUCCGAGACGGCCACUGCCGCGUUGUCGGCGGGCCGGGGGAGCCUUCUCCACAAGUUUUCAUUCCCGAUCUUCAAGACGUGGGGUAAACAGCGGAUCCUUCGCUGCAUGAGCGUGGACGGCAAGGGCGAGGCCGUCGGCGGCGGCUCGGGAGGUGCGAGACCGUCCGAGGUGGAUGGCGAGGACGAGGAGGGGAUCGAGGACGUGAGAGAGAAGCUUUUGGUUCACGUACGGGAGGCGGCGGACCGGAUGAAGCUGGUAGUCCCGCCGCUUCCGCCGUCGCCGAGGGUUGUGAAGACCGUGACGGAAGCGGAUCGGCAGGCGGAGGAGGACGCCGACGCGGAGCCCGAGCCUUCGUCGUCCCCUGCGUCGCGACCUUGGAAGCUGAGGACUAGGCGCCGGGGUUCUAGGGCUCCUUCGGGGUUCGAGCCGCAAACGAGCGCGUCUCCUGAGACGGCGGCGGAGAAGAGGCCGGUGCGGCUGAGGUCGGGGAGCACGGAACGGAAAGAGCGGCCCAAGUUCUCGAUCACCCUCACGAGGGAGGAGAUCGACGAGGACAUCUAUUCGGUGACGGGCCACAGGGCCCGCCGGCGGCCCCGUAAGCGUCACCGCGUCGUCCAGAAGCAGCUCGAUUUGCUGUUCCCUGGUUCAUGGCUAUCGGAGAUCACCCACGACACAUACAAGGUCCCCGAUUAAAGGCAACCUCACCUCCUGCGGUGUGACUCCUUCCCCUCUUCUUUCCGCCAUCGCCAUUGAUUCAUCUCCAAAGUCUCCCACCUCCGUCGGUUCCCCAAAAGCGUAGCAGUAAGAAAGCUCUUCUACAGUUCUUUUCGUAGAGUUAUUACAUCACUGGGUGUUUCUUUGCAGUUAGAAUUAGCUCUGUUUGUCCUCUAUUGUUGUUAUGACAUUAUUGAAGGAAACAUUCAUAAUUGCUCCGUGCUCAUCUAAUUGCGUGCCUGUUUCUGGAGGAUGACACAGCUUUUGUGUGACGGGUUACACUGCUGCUGACACUUUUACGUGCCAAGAAGCGUAGCAGACAUCAGAAUCAACUGUUCCUCGUGCAAGGACGGGGGUGAGGUGGAGGAGCGAGGAAGGUUUCGUGAGUCGGAAGAAGGAAGAGGAGGGUUUAAUGAAGGGGAGCGGCGGUUGCCCGGUAGGUGGUUUCGCGGAGGUGACCAUGGCAUGGUCAGCGCGUGGACGUUGCCACCCGUCCCUUCCUCUGCGGUUCCUGUAUUUGCCUGAAUAAUACCACACACGAUUGUUAGAGCUCC